AUGUUGGGGUUUUCUCUUUCCCGUCUCGAAGACCUGGACUACGACGGCCACUUCAAGGAGCACUUUGCCUUAGUCCCGGGCUACUGGUACUACUUCCACGAGGGGCACUACCGCUACGGCAUGCUCAUCCAUCUUGCAUGCAUAUUGCCCGCAGGCAUCCUCAUGGUGUUUCAGUUUACACCAAUCAUUCGCCACAAGUUCCUCAUAUUCCACCGCAUCAAUGGUUACAUCGUCAUGCUGCUCUGUCUUGUCAGUAACGCGGCGGCUUUUGUUAUUAUUAGACACAAACAAGGUGGACAUCGGGCCACUAGUCAUGCCGUUGAGAUGCUCAUGGGUAUUAUCACGACCAUUGGGAUAUUUAUGGCUUGGUGGAACAUCCGUCGCAAGCAGAUCGACCAGCACCGGGCUUGGAUGCUACGGACCAUGUUUUACAUGGGGGUCACCAUUACGGCCCGUCUUCUCAACCUCGCUGCCACUCCGAUCAUUACGCGAAUCGGAAACUACUGGUCUGUCUGGAUGUGCGACGAGAUCAGUUUCCUUUACACAAAUUACGACAUGGAAUUUCCCAAGGCCGAUUAUCCGGACUGCUUUCUGCCAGAUGGAACCCUUGAUCGUUGGAAGCGCGUUGCUGUCAGUGCAGUGGAGAAUGAGGACAAGUUGGAGCAACUGGGCUCAAGCUACGUUAUCGCUUUCGGAACCAUGGUAAGCCCUUGA